CCCGGCAAUCCUCGCCAGUGACAGCAACUCAGCAAGUCAGCAACCCGCGGGUUUGACGAGCUCCCAGGGUGCCCGGGAGGACUACUAUUGUUGAUGUACGUCCAUCCACAGCAAUUCGUCCAUCGCCAUCGACCGGGGGAACCGGCUAGUUCACAGGAGGUGCUUAUCGACUCGCCCAAUAACGCCCGUCGGCGCCAUCAGUGGGCAAUCACUGGCGCACACAUGUUGCUUUGUGCCAACAAGGUGGCUGACCAUGCAGUAGCUCCGUUCGUGAACAUGCUGCUCGGGCACUACGGUGCCAUCCAUCCGAGCAGAAGGCAGCCUUCUACAGAGUACCUGGUCCAGAUUUCAUCAUCCACAGGGAAAGUACGUGACAGCCGUCCUGCCUUUCUGGUAACAUCAAUCAUGGGCAUAUGCAGCGGGUUGGCAUGUACAUCUGCGGAUGUCUCUUCCUCCGUCGGUACAGGGUCUCUUCGAGGUUCCCACUGUGACCCCACCCGGUUAGAUAAUUUUAGCAAGCAUUUCCAGUUUCCUAUAACCGCUGUGCUGCCAGCCUGCCACUGCCACUGCUCAAGUGGAGAGAGCUGAUAGAUCCAAAAUUGGUUCUCAACCAAACCUGCAAAGUGCAACGCAGGGCAAUGUCAGCGCCAGUUGCGGUGGUUACGACCUCACGGGACCGUGCCAAAAGGCAAAACGGUCUUGGCCGUGAUGCUUC